AUGGAGAAUUCCAAGAAAGGAAAUGUUUCUUUCCGGCAUGGAGUUCAUCUUUCCAAAUCUCAAAACCCUUCAACACCAGAGGAUAUUAAAGAGAUGAAGAGGAUUCCCUAUGCUUCAGCUGUAGGGAGCCUAAUGUAUGCUAUGUUAUGUACAAGGCCAGAUAUUUGCUAUGCAGUAGUGAUGGUGAGUCGUUACCAGUCAAACCCAAGAAAGGAGCAUUGGAAUGCUGUGAAAGAUAUCCUUAAGUACUUAAGGACUAAGGAUUACUUUCUGAUUUAUGGGUGUGAUCAGUUAUCAGUCAUUGGAUAUAUAGAUUCUAAUUUUCAAACUGAUAAGGAUGAUAGAAAGUCUACAUCUGGUAUGGUGUUUAUACUAGGUGGAGGUGCUAUUGUUUGGAGGAGUGCAAAACAAAAAUCUACAGUUGAUUCCACCACUGAAGCCUAA